AUGGAGUCCAGGCCCUGGGUCCUGCAGAGCACCCUUGAGGCAGAGGUCCCACUGCCCCUGUACAGUGACCAGUACAUAAAGCUGUGGGGGCCACGGCAGGUCCCCCUGCUGAAGCAGGCUCUGCGCUGGAAAACUACCCCCAUGGGCUGGGAUGCCAGGGGGCAGAGCUGGUCCACAGGACUGAGCAGCAGGGACAAGCAGGCAGAGCAGCCCUGGUACACCCUCACCUGCAGUGCCCACAGAUGCUGGCAGCAGGCCCAGGCUGGCUGGGGGAAGCAGGACCCCCUACCCCCAGCUUAUGCCCAGCACCUGAAGGAGGUGGCCUGGUGGGACCCCAUCAUCCCUGCUGUGUACCUGGGACCCUGCACCCGCUGGGGAUCCAUCCUCUGGCAGGAGAAACCUAUCCUGGGGAAGGAGUACGUUGCCACCCGCAGCCAGAGCCCCCAGGUGCUGGGAAGCAGUUCAGGGUAUGUCCCCCUGCUCUCCUUCUGCCACCCCCACUUCACCACCCAGGACAUCAGCACCUGGAGCCUCCUCCACCACCAGCCCUCCACACACCAGUAA